UCUCCAGCUCCCAUCUCUCCAUCUCCAUCUCCAUCUCCCGUUCCACGACAUCACCAUGACCUCUGUCGCCACAGAUCUCCCAUACGCCGCCGAAGCCGAGUGCUCGCUCAGCUACGACGAGCUCGAGGUCUUGCGGAACCAGUACUACAAGGAAAUCGAGAGCGGGCACGUCACCACCCAGUCCAAGUUCAACUACGGAUGGGGCCUCGUCAAGUCGAAUAGCGCGGAUCUGCAGACCGAAGGUGUCAAGCUGCUGCAGGAAAUCUACUCCGCGUCGCCGAGCCACCGCCGCGAGUGCUCAUACUACAUUGCUGUCGGGUACUACAAGCUGCGCAACUAUACGUAUGCGCGCAAGUUCAAUGACCUCCUCCUUGCCGUCGAACCGGAGAACAUGCAGGCGCAGAGCUUGCGGCAGGUCAUUGACCGUGCUGUCGCGCGUGACGGAUACAUCGGCAUGGGCAUUUUGGCGGGCGCAGCGGCGGUCACGGGCUUGGUGGCGACGGCGCUGAUCAAGCGUGCGCGGAGGUAGUCUUGCAUGUAUCCUUUGUAUCGCCG